AUGGCUAAGCCAGAAGACAUCCCCGAGAUGGAGUACCGCUUCCUGGGCCGCUCAGGUCUUCAGGUGUCUGCAAUCUCCCUCGGAGGAUGGCUGACAUAUGGUGGCCAUAUCGAUAAAGAACGUACAUUUGAAUGCAUGAAGGCCGCCUAUGACUGCGGUGUCAACUUCUUUGACUGUACCGAAGAAUACUCCAAUGGUGAAUCCGAGAUUGUCAUGGGCGAGGCUAUCAAGAAGUUCGGUUGGAAACGAAAUGACCUGGUGGUCUCUACCAAGCUCUACUGGGGAGGAGCAUUUGGAGACAACCUCGUCAAAAACAAGGGACUUUCGAGAAAACACAUUGUCGAGGGGAUUAAUGGUGCUCUCAAGCGGUUGGAUCUCGAGUAUGUCGAUCUCAUUUAUGCACACAGGCCUAAUCGUCGAACGCCCAUGAAAGAGAUCGCCUUCUAUUGGGGAACUUCGAUGUGGAAUGCCGAUGAGAUCGCACAGGCGUGGCGAUAUGCAGACAAACUGGGUCUGAUAGGCCCAAUUAUGGAGCAACACGCUUACAACAUACUGGAUCGAGUCAAGGUAGAGCAGGAAUAUGUCCACUUGUAUCGUGAAGUUGGCCUUGGUCUGACUGUAUUCUCACCUAUGCGCCAAGGCAUCCUGUCCGGAAAAUACAAUGACGGCAUUCCUGGUGACUCUCGCUGCACCAACGAAGAGAUCAAAUGGGUUAAUGGUUUCUGGAAGCAAACAGGGAAAGAUACCUGGACGGCGAUUAUUGAGCAGGUCAACCAACUGAAGCCUAUCGCGGAUAGACUUGGUCUCAAACAGAGCCAACUCGCCUUGGCCUGGGUACUAAGCAAUAAGAAUGCCAGCUCUGCUAUAACGGGCGCUAGCAGUCCUGAGCAGGUGUAUGAGAACGUCAGAGCUGUGGCUGCUGUCAGAAAGUUGACUCCAGAGAUUUUGGAGGAGAUUGAUGUGAUUCUCAACAACAAACCACCUGAGGUUGUAGAGCGGUUUUAA